AUGAUGGUUGUUACGGUGGUUGUUACGGUGGUUGUUACGAUGGUUGUUACGGUGGUUGUUACGGUGGUUGUUACGAUGGUUGUUACGGUUACAAUGGUUACGUUGGUUGUUACGGUGGUUGUUACGAUGGUUGUUACGGUGGUUGUUACGGUGGUUGUUACGAUGGUUGUUACAGUGGUUGUUACGGUGGUUGUUACGGUGGUUGUUACGGUGGUUGUUAGUGGUUGUUACGAUGGUUGUUACGAUGGUUGUUUAAUGGUUGUUACGGUGGUUGUUACGGUGGUUUUUACGGUGGUUGUUACGGUGGUUGUUAUGAUGGUUGUUAUGAUGGUUGUUACGGUGGUUGUUACGGUGGUUCUUACAAUGGUUGUUACAGUGGUUGUUACGGUGGUUGUUAUGAUGGUUGUUACGAUGGUUGUUACGGUGGUUUUUACGGUGGUUGUUACGGUGGUUGUUAUGAUGGUUGUUAUGAUGGUUGUUACGGUGGUUGUUACGGUGGUUCUUACAAUGGUUGUUACAGUGGUUGUUACGGUGGUUGUUAUGAUGGUUGUUACGAUGGUUGUUACGGUGGUUGUUACGAUGGUUGUUUAA